CUCACCCUGCGACAUCCAACUUGUCGAUAUCACAAUCCACACAAAAUGAUGAAGGUUAUCGCCCUUGUUUUCUGCCUGGCCGCCGCCGCAAUUGCCGAACCGAUAAGCUACGGAUUGUACGGUAAAGGCGUUGGUAUUCCUUAUUCCGGUCAUCACGGAUACGGCAUGGGAGGUCUGUACGGCGCCGGUGGUCUGUACGGCGGUCUGUACGGCGCCGGUGGUCUGUACGGCAUGGGUGGUCUCUACGGAGGUCUGUACGGCGGCAAAUACGGCGGUAUGUACGGAGGUCUAAACGGAGGCAAAUACGGCGGUCUGUACGGAGGUCUGUACGGAGGCAAAUACGGCGGUAUGUACGGAGGACACCUGGGAGGAAAGCUCGGCGGUCUGCACGGAGGAGUCGGACUCGGUCUUGGAAAAGGUUACGGUUACUACUGAGAGAUACGUGACCUUCUUCUCUCGACCUUUGUCCAUAUUUGUAUGUACAGCCAUAUUUUUAUAUCCUGACAAAUAAAAAUGUAUUGAUCA